AUGGCAAUUGCCUGGGUCCUCACGAGACGCACUGCCCCUUUGAGGAUCUCACGACGUUGCGUCUUCUCCAAGUCCCUAUCUACCAAUCCAGACAAGAGUCCGAUCGACCAGCCCCUCCAUAUUUGCCCCCUUGAUGCGGAACCACUUCAUUGCUACCGCCAAGGCGGCUACCACCCAGUCUCCUUGGGGGAAUACCUGAGAUUUGGCAGAUACAAGGUGUUACAUAAACUAGGAUGA